GGUAGCAGAUCCCAGCAAGCUUUCGAAACCCUAAACCCUGAAAGGAGCUACAUUCCCAUUUCUUCCCCGACCGGUGAGACAUUAACAUCGGGUAGGGUUGUUCUGCCCUCUUCACGAAUAACAAAACUAUUGCUCCAGGGAAGAUUUGGAGCUAAAGAGAUGGGCUGGAAAGCGGCACAGAAACUUAUACAGAACUGGAAGAUUCUUAGAGGAGACAACGUCAUGAUAAUAAGAGGCAAGGAUAGAGGAGAAACUGGCGUCAUCAAGCGUGUAAUUCGCUCUCAGAAUCGUGUCAUUGUUGAGGGAAAGAAUCUGGUGAAGAAACACAUCAAGCAAGGGCAAGGUCAUGAAGGUGGAAUUUUCACAGUGGAAGCUCCUCUUCAUGUCUCAAAUGUUCAAGUUCUUGAUCCAGUCACAGGGAAACCUUGCAAGAUUGGAGUAAGAUAUUUAGAGGAUGGUACCAAAGUAAGAAUUUCAAGAGGUCUAGGAGCAUCAAGUUCCAUAAUUCCUCGUCCAGAGAUUCUAAAAAUCAGAACUACACCAAGACCUACUGUAGCUGGUCCAAAGGAUACACCAAUGGAGCUCGUUUUGGAGAAAACAUAUGAUGCUAAAACUGGGAAGGGCAUGCCUGAUCUUUAAGAGUGGUAGACCACUAGUUUAUUGUAUUUUAUGUUGAAGGUUAGAUCAUAUAUACAUUGGCCGAUGAAAACGAGACUUUUUCUCGAAGCGAUCUUAGUCGAGUUUCUUUGAUCAAAAUAAGAUCUUUCUCUCCA